AUGAGCUCAGUCAGAAUUGCAAGGACAGCUCUUCGAGCACGAUCUGCGGCGAUCGCACGGCCUGUACAGCGAAGAGGCUAUGCCGAUGCAGUUUCCGACAAGAUCAAGUUGUCCCUGGCUCUUCCUCACUCGUCAAUCUACAAGUCACAAGAUGUUGUUCAGGUGAACAUCCCGGCCGAAUCUGGAGAAAUGGGUAUUCUUGCACAGCACGUUCCUUCUAUUGAACAGUUGAGACCUGGUUUGGUCGAGAUCAUCGAAGAGGCGGGUGGCAGCAAGCAGUUUUUCUUGUCUGGUGGUUUCGCAGUCGUACAGCCAGAUUCGGUUCUCAGCAUUAAUGCUGUGGAGGGAUAUGCUCUAGAGGAUUUCAGCUCGGAAGCAGUCAAUUCCCAGAUACAGGAAGCUCAAAAGAUCGCAAGUGGUGGUGGCAGUGAGCAGGAUAUUGCUGAAGCCAAAAUCGAACUCGAGGUAUUGGAGAGUUUGCAGGCUGCUUUGAAAUAG